AUGUCAAUUUUGAUUACGAUUGAACCAAGUAAUAGUAGUAGUAGUAAUAAAAAGAAACAGGAAAUCGAAGAAAUGAUGAUGUCAGGCAGCAAUAAGCGUACCUACUCCACUUCCAGUAAUUCGUCGGUGUUGUCAUCCUCUUACUGUAUUACGCUGGAUUACACCCGUAAAACAUCCUUCGACUCAACAUCCGAGGAUUCUAGCGACGCUGAUUACUCUGAACGUCAUUCUUUGUCAUACAUCGACGAGGAAGAAGAAGCUGCAUCUGGAAUACUUAAAGCGAAUGACACUGAUAGUGAAAGCGACAGUGAGGAUGAUUUGAUUUCACAAAUUGUCUCACAAAAAUCACCAACUCGCAUCACUAUCAAGCUUCAUGUUACUGACAAAAUUUCAUCCAAAUGGGAUUCGGUUUUGGAUCAUGACACCAACAUCUUGUAUGUUGCAUUACCAAAACAACUUACACAUGAGGCUAGCAAGCAAUCAUUCUUAUCACUCCUUGAAUUCGCUGAAGAAAAAUUGGAUUGUGAUGGUGUUGUCUUGUGCAUUCGUAAAGAUCGACCAGAUCGUGCUAAUUUGGUAAAGACAUUCUUAUUUUUGGGCUUUUCACCGCUCAAUCCUAAAUCACCAAUGGCACCACCCCAGAUGCAAGGUCAAAAUGAUGAUCAUCUCUUCCUUAUUUACAAUAUUGAGGACUAAUGCUUCAGUAGGACAUGUCUACAGAUAAUAAUUCAAAAACAUUUUACGCAUUUUCCUUUAACUUUUUAAUUUUGUCCUUUUAUAAAUCACGAAAAUAUGAAAAAUAUUUUAAACUUUCUUAUAAUCCAGUAAAGUAACAGUAAUAGUAUCACACAUUUAUCAAAGGAAGUCCUCGUAUCACGUAGAAUGAAAAAAAAAAACAUGAUCAGAGUAUUCAGCAUAUUAUGCUAACCAUACAUUAAUAUUUAAUAUGGAAUUAUGGGUGUAAUUCAAUUAGAUUAGACGCUUUGUCUCUUAAGUAAACAUCUAAAACAAAAAAAAAUAUAUAAAAAAUACAAAAAAAGUAAAAAAUCUUUAAAAAAUUAACAAAAAAACAAAAAAGUUUCUAAAAACGCCAAAAAAAAAUGUUGGGAUUUUUUUCUGCAAUUAUCAUUUUUAUUUUUAAUCGAAACAAAAUUUUUGUAAAAAAAGGAAAUUUCUUACUAAUCCACAAUAUUUUUAUAUUCGCAUCAAAACAGUUUGAGAAAAAGUUUUUCUUAUCAAAUCAACUUAUGAUAUAUAAACAUUAUAUUUGGUUAAUACCAUUAUUUCAAUUAUCUUGCAUCCUUAUUAAUUGUAAUCAGUAAUGAAAUAUUCAUUUAAUUUUGUAGUUUCUUUAGUUUGUAUCUUUUUCAAAACAAAUAUAUCGUUAUAUGGAGAAAAUGGAGAAGAAAAUAGUUCAUAAUCAAUAUUUACAUUCACAAUUCUAUGAAAACUCAUGACCUGCAUCCUUCUAGACACGAACAUUCUCCUGCUCAAGCAAUUUAAAGCUUAGCCAAUUUAUAAAAUCUGAAAGAAACAGUCAAAAUUAAGCAACUUUUGGACAAAGCAUAAGUUUGACAGUUGAACAAAAUCAUUCUGACUGACUUUAGCUUGUCCAAAUCAAUAAACAAAUGCACAAAACAUGCUUUUCACAAUGACUAAGACACCUUUCAUCAAUGUCUGUCUUAAUUUUAUCAAGAUCAUUUGUACCGCAAACAAGUAAAAGUUGUAGCUGUCAAGUAGAUUGAGAAUUUGACAGUAAUGUCAAUAAAGGGAAUAACAUUUGUGUAUUGAGAAAGUACCAUUCUGAUAACAUUGAGGGUGGUUUUAACACAGUUGCUUGGUCCUUAAUUUCAUCAGAGCGAACUUCUAAGGUUCAAUUUUGAGUGAUGGCAAGAAACAGGCAACAGAUCUAGAACAUUCAGAUAACAUCAAUAGCAUGAAACUUUCCAUCCACGAGCAAGCGAGUAAGCAGAAUGGUCAAAAUUUUCUAGGGAUAAACGAAUCAGGUCAGGUUUUAAAAAUAAUUUUUUCACAACACACAAAAAUAAAGAAUUCAAUUUCGCAAUUGGCAUAAAUAUCAUGAAUUAUUAGAUCUUAAUGAAACAAAUAUUAAAGGCAGAAGGUCGCCAGAUUAUUUCCUUUUACUAUCAUUAUCAACAAUUAUUGAGAAUACAAAUUAUAAAAAUUUUAAAGCAUUAAUCAUGAAAAAUUGAGAAGGAGUUAAAGUAAAUGAUGAAAUAUCGUUAAAUGUUUAGAGAAAUUUCCAAAAACCAACAAAAUUUAAAUAAGAAUUCCUUGCUUAUUCUCAAAGAAGUAAAACUAUUGCGAAAUUUAAAAAAAAAAACAUUUUAUUGCAAAAUUGAUGGAAAAAUUUAUGAAUCAAAUAUGAAAAGAUUGACGAAAGUUUUCUUCAAAAAAAGGUUUUUAAGUUUCUUAUCAAUUUUUUUUUUGGAACGGAACCGAAAGCAAACUUUAUAUUUUAUUUUUGGUUUAAUAAACUUUUUUCUUCAGAGAGAUGAAAAACUGGGAUAAAAUAUGGAACAUAUAUUCUUUUUUAAAGAAAAUACUUUAAUGAUUAAUGCCUAUCUACACUUUUCAAAAUGAUUUAUAUUAUAUACUUUAGUUACACACACAUUUAUAUCAAUUAAU